UCUUGUCAAAUUCCGGCCAACCUUUUUCGCCCUUUAUUUAUACCUCACUCCUUCUUUCAUCUUCAUCUUCACCAUUACCUUACCUCUCUCUCUCUCUAUAUAUAUAGAAGAACUCGAUUAUUUAGAGGUCCAUAAAAGCAUAAACGUAACACAGCGUACGUCUAUUAGGCACACGUUAAGAGAAACCAUAUACUACGACUCCAACAACUACCGAAGAUACAUUCUUUUUUCUGUUUAAUUUUUCUAUUUUGGGUUGUUGAUCUUGUUCCAUAAUUAUUGCUGUCCUUCCAAAGGAGAGAACAGAUUUUCUUUUAAAGAAAAGGUCUGCAUGAUGAAUAGAACAUUGCCGGAGAUGUUGCACUGUCUGAGCGCUCCGGGGAAUCUUGCUGGGAACUGUACGGAAUUUACGGUGCUGGAGAGGCAGAGGGCUCGAUUGAAGUGGCAGCAAGAAGAGCGUCCUCAUCAACAACUACAGCAGAGUACUUAUUUUAGUGGGAGCGAACUCGGUGGGGUGUACUUCCAAUCUCAUGAUGAUCAACUUCAUAACAUUCAGGAAGAUUCGUUCAAAGAUUUGGCCGUAAAUCGAUCGGUUAAACCCGAUCAGGGUUUUAAAAAUGGGUGGCACGAGCCCGACAAGAUUAAUAUGCCAUUGUUCGGAAUCGGAUCAUUGUCGUCGUCUUGUGGUUUUGUUAGCGGUACUACUAAUAAUCCUUCUCCCGGGAUUCAAAUGAACGGUGCAAUUUCUAGAACCUAUAGUUGUCCGCCGAAGGUGGCAGUGGGGACGGCAACAGAGGAGCUUAAAGCCAAAGAAACUGUUUCACCGCUGGAAAAGCUUAUCUCUGCCAGCGGCAAACAAAGCUUCAAAAAGAGGAAAACGGAUAAAUUGCAAAAUUCAAAGAUCGUUGAAGAAGAUCAUGAGUCAAGAGAUAAAAGGGUCAAAGGAAGUGCAGAGGAAGGUGACUCGAAAAUCACAGAGCAAAAUAGUACCAAAAAUGUUUCUUCUAACGCCAACAAUAGGGAUCAGUCUUCUUCUGGAGACAACUCAAAGGAGAAUUCAAAGGUCUCUGAGGUUCAAAAGCCUGAUUACAUUCACGUCCGGGCACGCCGAGGCCAAGCCACCGAUAGCCAUAGCUUAGCUGAAAGAGUGAGAAGGGAGAAAAUCAGCGAGAGAAUGAAAUAUCUUCAGGAUUUAGUACCAGGAUGCAAUAAAAUCACAGGCAAGGCUGGAAUGCUCGACGAAAUUAUCAACUACGUUCAAUCUCUUCAGCGACAAGUUGAGUUCUUAUCCAUGAAAUUAGCUGCUGUGAAUCCAAGGCUUGACUUCAACAUAGACGACUUGUUUGCGAAAGAGAUGUUUCCAACUAGCACAGCGGGAUUUGAGACACUUGGGAUGUCAGCAGAAAUGUCCAACUCUGCUUAUCUUCAAUUCAAUAAUCAAGGGCAGCAAGUAGUUUCUUCCAGUGGAUUGGAAAUGGCUAUGAAUUUUCCUGACAUGGCUUGCCUUAGAAGAACCAUUAGUGCCCCUAUUUCCAUCCCGGAACAAUUUCUCGACGCUUCAUGCUACAAUCAAGUCCAGCCGACCACAACUUGGGAUUGUGAAUUGCAAAACAUUUUCACUUUGGAAUAUAAUCAAGGAAGAACAACAACCUCUCCAUCUGAAUUACCAUUUACAGGUUCUAACUAUUCUAUUGAAGCUAGUAAUCUAAAGAUGGAGAUGUGAUUGAGCUAUCUUUAUACGAAUUCUUGAAAUAAGUUUCACCCAAAUUUCGCAGUCGUUCGAUCUGAUUCACCAUUCUCUACGUACAUAACAUAUAAAUAUUUUUAUGUAUACUGGUGACAUAGAAUGAAUAAUAUAAUAAAUACUCAUUAUUAACCACAAAACCCUGCCAAUUCUGCUGACGAAGUAAAUUGGUUGAUGAUGACAAUUGGCACUAAGAUCACAGAAACUAAAUAUUACUAACGGCUUUACUAACCAAUUUGAGUCCAAGAGAAAGGGGACUCUACUACCUAUAUCAUGUCCGCAUUGAUACUUUAUGGCCAGUGCAUAUAUAUAAUAUAUAAACAUGGAAGACACCCUCAUAUGGGGGGCCUUGUCAAACCA